CAUCUAUCGCAACCGCUCGUACCCUCGCUCAACCAGUUAUCCAGCGCUUGGCAGAGAGGUCUCAAUACAAUGGCGGGUGGCCCCUCGCGUUAUCCAUCACUCCAGGUGUUAGUUGUCCAGCCAGCGAUCCGGUAGCAUGCCCAACAGACUUAAUCAACCCAACAUGUUGUCCAUCAGGCAAUACUUGUUUCUGGGCAGGUGGGCAAUUCGAUACCUAUUGCUGUCCAACAGCCGACGAUUGCCAUGAAGCAGUCUUGAACUUCCCUCAAUGUGCUUCCAACAACCAAACAAUGUUCAAGAAUGGCAGUGGUGGUUUCUUCUGCUGUGAACCUGGAGAGCUUGGAAUGAACCCUUCUUCAGGGAAGGAGGGCGGACUUUGCGAGCCCGCCGAUCAACCUGUCCCUAAAUCCCAACUUGCAACCAUCGCGUCUCAAAUCGGUAUUGCGGUAGCGACGCCAGCUCCCAUGGCCACAGCAAGUGGCUCAAACAACGCAACGGCCACAGGGGCCAGCAAUCCAACAGAAACUAACCCCUCCUCAGCCUCUCCCACCACAGGCAACACGACCGCUACAACGAACAUCAGCAAAUGGCCUACUGCGACUAAGAUCGGGGCUGGAGUCGGCGUUCUCGCCCUCUUCGUGCUAUUAUGUGUCGUGCUCUCUAUCUGCAAGAGCAGGAGGCGGAGGACCAGGAAUGUUAUUCCCGGGGCGUAUGGUUACGAUACGGCGAUCCCACAGUAUGAUGAGUUUGGGAAUCGAGUUGACGGCUACGGGCCUCCACCAGGUUAUGUGCAACGGCCUGGUUAUGAACCAUACAGACCUGUGCAUUCUCCUUCGCCAGCGCCGCCGAAUCACGUAACAGUCAAUGUUGUCCAAGGCGAUUUGAAUCAAUAGUUGGGAGACAGGCCUGCUGUUUGAGCAUUUUGAUUUGAGCGGUUGUUUUAUGAGACUGUGGUGAGGAGUUUGGAGUUCUAGGAUAUUGUAUCAUGAGCGACGAAGAGCAUCAUAGACUUUGUAUAAAGUGAAUUCAGACAUAUAUUUUACAUCAAGCCUC